AAUUACUCUAAAAGUUUAGCAAGUACCUUUGGUCCAUGGUAUCCAAAUACAACUAAGAAUAAAAUUAUAAAAGCCUAGCAAACUUAAACUCUAACUUUAGAACCUCUGAGUUAAAAAUUUUAAGGAAAAAUCCCUAGUAGAACAUCUGUACCAAAAAGACGAGCUAUAUCAGUAUAACGUAGAUUACCCACUUUUCCUACAAUGGAGACUUCAACAAAAGUAUAAAAAUAAAGAACUCUACCAGAACCAGUUCUUCUGAAUUUGACCCAAGAAGCACUCUAUGUUAGAAGUAAUAAGAAUGUAAAGGACAUUUUAAAGAAAUUACAAUAAUAUCGAUACAAUGA